GAAGAGGUGGUUUAGCAAAUUCCAACCUGUGAGAAGAUUCAAUCCGACAACUGCUUUCGAAAAUCCAUUCGCCGACCGACCGACCACGCUCGGUCAUAAUCGGUUCAUUCCUCAUUUCUGGAUCAAAGCAACACGCACGUAGGUAUUUCAUGUAUUAUCGCGAUUUUAAAAGUUGGAUCGAAAUCUGAUAUACGUUGUGUUAGGCAUUAUUUUGGAAGUCCAUUUCAUUUGGAAUAGUUGUGGAUUUUACUUCGCCUGUGUAGUUUUGCGUAAUGUUUAACUCGCUGCAUCAUUGUGGGAUAGCGGAAAUUCAGUAGGUUAGCUUUGGCUGCGUGUGCGUGACGAUAAUAUCCUACUUCGUCGUUUAUUAGUGUUCAUGAAAACUGGGUAGCUGAAUAUGUUAUAUGUAUUUUAAGAAUAGGUAUUUUGAUGUAUGCUGAUCAAGGUAUUAAAAACAUCGAAACCAUAGCUUAUUAUCUGUAAUUUCACAUAGAUUAGCAGUCCAGUUUAUGCGUGCGUGUGCUUGGACACCAGCGCAUUUUACUCGUUUAGCAUCUCUGUUUAACUAGUUGAGCGCAUGUGUCUUCCGACUUAUUUUCUUUAUCAUGCAUUCAGAUUUGAUUAUAUCACCGUUAAAGCUCGGCUAGCAAAUUUUCUCUAGACUAGAUAUUUGCCAUCUAACUCUAAAAAAGGCAAAACACUGAGAAAUGGCUAAAAAUCUAUUGGAUGGACAUAAUGAUGAUUUGAGUCAGUUUUCCGACGAGGAACUGUUCAUAUGCAGCAAAGAAGAUCUAAUCCUAAAACUGAGAAAGGUGGAUAACGAACGGAUGAAUCUAAUGGUGGAACACAGUAACAUGAUGAAAGACGUCAACCGGAGGCUGCAGGUCCACCUCCACGAGAUUCGGGGCCUGAAAGAGGUGAAUCAAAAGCUACAAGACGACAACCACGAACUCAGGGAGCUGUGCUGUUUCCUGGAUGACGAUAGACAGAGGGGCAAGAAGUUGUCCCGGGAGUGGCAGCGGUUUGGCAGGUACACGGCCAGCAACUUAUGGAAAGAGGUGGGUACUUAUCAGCAGAAGCUGAAGGAACUUGAGGCCAACCAAGAGACGGUGAUGCGCCAGAAUGUGGAGCUGAAGGAGAUCGUUCUCAUGCUGGACGAGGAGCGGAACGGAGCAGGUUCCAGAAGCUCCAUCGACAGUCAGUCCAGCCUGACCAAUCUGAAUGGCUCAGGCGCUGUCCGGGAUGUCGGAGAUGGAAGCAGUACUUCCAGCACGGGCAGCGCCGGCAGUCCGGAUCACCACAACAACCUCAUACACAAGCCGGCUGAGGCUGUUAUAGGAACCAUUCGAAGGUCCAUGGACGACCUGUCAGCGCCACACCACCAUCGGAGCAUCCCCAACGGACUUAAUGGUUCAUCAUCAAAUUAUAUCCGUCAGCUGGAAACAAAGGUCAGGAUUUUGGAGGAUGACAAGAACAAACUUUUAUCACAGAGCAGCUCUGGUGACCUUAGGACCCUACGGAAAGGCGCCCUCUACCAUUCCGAAUCGCAGCUUUCCGCACUUCUGUCUCCACACCAGGACACCCUGAACAGCGGCUCCGCCCGACUUCCGACCAGUGAGUCCUCCCCCACAGCCGGGUACCUACCUCCAGUGCAGAAGCCAGAGGCGGUGGUCCAUGCAAUGAAGGUCCUGGAAGUUCAUGAAAACUUGGACAAGCAAAUCCCAGAUGACUAUGAGGAAGACCUCAGUGAGAAGGAGAAAGCAAUUGUCCGAGAAAUGUGCAAUGUGGUGUGGCGUAAGCUGGGCGAUGCAGCAGGUUCCAAACCGUCCAUCCGACAGCAUCUCUCUGGGAACCAAUUCAAGGGGCCGCUGUAGGCGACACCCCUGGGAACAACUUCUCCAACCAUGUGACCUCAGAAAUCACAGGCAUCCAAUCAUCUUUGCCCAUUUUCCCAUUGCUAAGGCUUUGGGCAGCUUCACUUGAGUAUUCCAGGACUGUGACCGACCAAUCCCACAGCGGCCUGAGACACGGUCCUUCAUCGUUGGUUUCUUUAUUUCGUUGUACCUAUCAAGUAUUUGUGCAGCUAGCUUGCACUCAUUUGCCAAGCCCGGUGAAGAAUUUGGGUUUAUACUGUCAAAGGAUCUAUAGCUCACCUUAUCCGCAUCAAGCAGUUUAUAGUUGGAUUUUGUUGGGAGUCUGUGUUGAUUUUAGCCGUACAUGUUUGAGCUUUGUACAGCCUUCACACCAAAACCCACAACAAUUUCUGAGCAUUGUGUGACUGUGAAUAUUGUUUGUGGAUUUGGAAUUCUCUUGAUAUGGAGACCCAGUUUUACGGUUGUUUUGUGUCUUCCAGGGUAAAAGCCAAUGGCUUCAGGUCUAUUUGUGAAAUCCAUUGUAUAAAUACUCCCUUCUGCUUUAAAAGAUGUGUAUUAUAAAUGUAGAAAUCACGUUUGAGAACGUGUAUAGUUUAAAAAUAGAAAGUUUAAGUGGCAAUAACUUCCAAAACUGUAGCACUAUUUUGUCACUAUAUGCUUUCCAUUUUAGAGUGGCCAUGCUACACCAAUUAUAAUUGACAUUUUUGAAAGCACAUUGUUAGACUGUACGGAGGGCUUUGGAUGAGGUAAGGCUCUGAUAAAAAAAAUUUUUAACAGAGAAAUUAUUUUUCUGGGUCCCCUGUGAUAAACAGCCUAUGCCUGUAUAUGGCUAUGUACAUGCCAUUGUUCCAAGUCUUCCUGGCCAGAAGCUAUGUUAUGAAUUAUGAAAAGCUGUGUUGCACAUAGGUCUUCUUAUAAUGAUGAUUGACAGGCGACAAUCACCCUCACCACUUCAGGCAGGAGCGGCCAUUUCAGCUGAUUCAACGUUCCAUCACCCAUGGGACGUUGCAGGCCGAUUGGUCAAUUAAAAUUAGUUUUUGUCUCUUUAUUUACUCAGUUGUGCCAAACAACAUAAUGAAAGUCAACCAAUUGCAGCACCCUAUUUCUUCUAUGAGGAUUUGAUCAAAGCUUAGUUUAAUAAAUAAUAUUACACAUGAAAAUGCUGCUUGUUUUGUGGGUGAGGCUUACAAUUUAGAGACCAGGCCUAAAGUUAUAUUAAACACAAAUGAGCCAAAGUAUUAUGACCACACACAGAUGAAGCUAAUAAGAUUGAUUGUCCUGUAACAACGGUGCAUGUCAAGGUCUGGGAUAUAUUAGAGGGUAAGCAAACCACUGGUUAUCGUAGUUGAUGUGUUGGAUGCGGGAGAAAUGGCAGGCGUAAAGACCUGAGCAACUUUGACAAGGGCCAAAUCAUUACGGCUAGCUGACAGGGUUGGAGCAUCUCCGAAACGGCAGGGCUUGUAGGGUGCUCUCAGUCAGCAGUGGUGAGUACCUACCGACAGUGGUCUGAGGAGGGACAAACCAUGAAUCGGCGACAGGGUGUUGGGUGCCCAAGGCUCAUCGAUGAGUGAGGGCUACAAAGGCUAUCUCAUCUGGUUCGAACCGCAGAAGAAAAUGGUUGUUAGAGGAAUGUGUCACAACAUACAGUGCAUUGCACCCUGCUCCAUAUGGUGCUGCGUAGCCACAGAGUGCCCCUGCUAACCCCUGUCCACCAUUGAAAUCGCCUACAACGAUGGGCGUGUCGUUACUGCACCCUAGAAUAAUGGAAGAAGGUCUCCUGGUCCGAUGAGUCCCCUUUUCUUACAUCACGUGGAUAGCCGGAUACGUGUCCACCCUUUAUUAGGUGAAGAGAUUGCACCAGGAUGCACUAUGGUUCUGCUGGAAAACCCUGGGUCUGGGCUUUCAUUUGGGUGUCAAUUUGACACGAGCCACCUACCUGAGGGCAGUGGCCUCUUUCAGCCGGAUAAUGAACCCUGUCACACUGCACACAUGGUCUGGAAUGGUUUGAGGAACAUCACAAAGAGUUUGAGGUGUUGCCCUGGCCUCCAAAUUCCACAGAUCUCAAUCCAAACGAGAAUCUGCAGGAUGUGCUGGAAAAAGUCUGAUCCAUGGUGGCUCCACCACGCAACUUACAGGACUGAAAGCAUCUGCUGCUAAUGCCUUGGCACCAGAUACCACAGGGCAUAUGCAGAGGUCUUGUAGAGUCCAUGCCUUGGCAUGUCAGAGCUGUUUUGGGGGCACAUGGAGGGCCAACAGCAUAUUAGGUGGGUGGUCAUACUGUUUUGGCUCAUCAGUGUAUGUAUAUGUGCAACACUGAACUGGGAUACAAAGAAUCUGCAGUGUAAAUAGAAACAUCUCCUGUAGUUACUAUAGCAUGCUUUGUAACCUUUUGUUGAGCUAUACAUAGCUGAAAGUGGUCCAAUAUUUUUAGUGAGUUUGGAAAAUUAUGUAAUAGGCUACUUUUAGAUGAUUUUGAAAAUAAAAUAAAUGCUUCCUUUGCAGUUUCA